CUUGCAAAACAGCUGAUGUUCAGAUUUUUAUACGUGCGUGUUUCAGGAGCAAAAGUCCGGCGAAAAGUCUACGCAGCAGCCACACAGGUUAUCAUGUAUAAAUUGGCUGCUUUAGCGCGCGAGCGCGCCUGUGUCAUAACAUAUCAAUUGGCAACAUACAACCUCCAGCAACAGCCGCAACGCCUCUAUAGCUCACCUGGACGCCGGCCCGGUUUUUUCUCACAAUUCAUUGACAAUGUGCGCACCGAAAUGGACAAGAAUAAGGAGAUGAAGGAUAGCAUUCAAAAGUUUCGAGAGGAAGCCCAAAAAUUGGAGCAAUCGGAUGCAUUAAAGUCAGCGCGGCAAAAGUUCAACAUCGUUGAAUCGGAGGCGCAAAAGUCAUCAAGUAUAUUGAAGGAGCAGCUGGGCGCAAUUAAGGAGAAAGUGGGCGAUGUUCUUGACGAUGCUUCCAAAUCGGACUUGGCCAAGAAGGUCAGCGAAGAGCUUUCCAAGACGGCGAGAGGCGUCAGCGAUACGAUAACAGAUACCAGUGGUAAACUUGGUCAGUCGGGCGCCUUCCAAGCCAUUUCAGAUACGACGAAAAUGAUCAAAAAGGAAAUGAAUGAGUCGAGUAUAGAAAGUCGGGUAUAUUGCUCGCCGGUUGUUUUGCGUAAACGUGUCCAAAUAGAUAUGUCAGACAGCUCACGUGUUGUAGAAGCAAAUACGGAAGCAACAGGUUUGGAACUUCACAAGGACUCAAAAUUCUAUCAGUCUUGGGAGAACUUUAAGAAUAACAACACUUAUGUGAACAAAGUUCUCGACUGGAAAGUGAAAUACGAUGAAUCAGAAAAUCCUGUUAUCAGAGCCUCCCGUCUUCUAACUGACAAGGUAUCUGAUGUAAUGGGCGGUCUAUUCUCCAAGACGGAAUUAUCCGAGACGAUGACUGAACUAGUCAAAAUCGAUCCAAACUUCGAUCAGAAGCAAUUUUUGCACGACUGUGAAAAGGACAUCAUACCUAAUGUUCUAGAAGCCAUUGUACGGGGCGAUCUGGAAAUCCUGAAGGACUGGUGUUUCGAGAGUACGUACAACAUAAUUGCCACGCCCAUAACACAAGCGAAAAAGUCUGGCCUGUAUCUGGACUCAAAGAUCCUGGACAUUGAGAAUAUUGAGCUGGCCAUGGGUAAAGUCAUGGAGCAGGGUCCAGUGCUGAUCAUCACGUUCCAGGCACAGCAGAUAAUGUGCGUGCGCGACCAGAAGGCCCAAGUUGUCGAGGGCAAUCCUGAAAAAGUAAUGCGUGUCCAUUACGUUUGGGUGCUAUGCCGCGAUCCCAAUGAGCUCAACCCUAAGGCUGCUUGGCGGCUUAUGGAAUUGUCGGCCAACAGCCAGGAGCAAUUUGUUUAAUCGCACUGCACACAAUUUACCUCUAAGCAGUUUAAGUUUCUCAUAAAUCCCAGACACUACAGACCAACGACAGACACUACACUACAUACCCGUAGCAGUAGGUUUUUGAUUUGUGCAAAAGUUUCGCUCUUCUACCACUUCGAAAGUUUUGUAAGCUGAUAUAUAGUCGCAUGCGUGUGCUUCCCCGAGCCGGAGCUGCUGGUCAGUUUCCUUCCUCAUCUGUGAUGCAGCAGAUUUACUGGCUUGGUCGUUGAUACACCGUGCGACUUUGGCGGAUCACGGUCAUCGUCAGCCACGCUUCACCCUGACCGACCGCCCAUUCAGGGUGUGUUAUAUUUGUUGUAUAUUUUAAAUUAUCUUGUAAGCUGUAUAAGAACCUGUGAGCUUUUGGGUCAGAGCUCAGAGUGCAGUGUGGCUGGCGGCGCUCGGAAACCGCAAGUGUAUGGCCCAAAUUUGUACGUUGAAGCUAAAAGUGCAUGGAAUUAGUAAUUUUUAAGUAAAAUUUUUGAGUAUAGCAGACUUGUUACGUUUUUUAAGGCUUGUUCCGAGACUAAUUGUAAAUACCAAAUUGUCUAAUCGCCAAUUUGUUUGGAGUUAGACAUAAAUUUACUGUACCGAAUAGCUGAAACUAACAAAGCCACAUUUAUAAACAGCCACACAAUAAAUUGUAAAACCAAAACAACGUAGCUACACAUUGGAUGUAUAGCAAUUAAUAAAAUAAAAAUGUACAAAAUCAUAAGAAAAA